UUUCCGAGAAAACCCAGGUGAACAUGUUCUUUGGUAGAGGAACACCUGUACAAUUAACGAAAGUCAGAAUCAAGGCUAGUAAGGGUGACAUUGCACCAAGAGCAGGACUUGUAUUUGUUUACAAUGACAGUGAAGGUUUUGAUCAACAACGUCAUAUCGACCGCUUUUCAGUUUACAAUAAUUUCACUGACACAGAGUACAAGAUAUUGAAUGGCAUCAGAUCAGCAUCUAUUGGUGGACUGCCUGAUAAUCCUAUAGCUUAUUUUGCAUUCGAUGAUGACUGGAAUGAAAUUGAGGUACCAAUGGACGUCUGUCACACUGGACGCUACGUUUUGAUCAAAUUUCUUGGAGCACGCUCAGAAAGUGCUGAAAAACUUGGCAUUAUUGGCAUCAAGUUCAGCGGCUACAUACGAAAAGAUUCAAUGUUGGAAAAUGUUAACCUGUCUGAAAUCGCUCCAUUGAAGCCAGAUUCAGAGGCUCCUGUGAAAACAGAGACAAUAUUUGUUCGUAUCUUGCAUUUUCUUAGCAGCAUUGGGCAGGAUCUGGAGAUGAUUCGACGUAAAGAUAUUGCUUGCCGUGGCAGUCUGAUUGAACUUGAAGGUGUCACAACCAAAAUGAUAUUCAAACAUUAUGAGAAGUUGCUCAGCCAUGAAAAGUGGAAAUACAGUCAGAUUCUAAUGAUUCGCAUGCUCCACUCAUUUAUACCCCAUCUGACGAAACAGAACAUCAAGGACAACCUUAAAGACAAAGAUGCACUUGCCAAUGCAGAGAAGCCUUCUACUGAUGCAGCGACUAACAAUGAUGAAAAUGAUGAAGAUAAAGAGGUUAUCAAAUCAUUUUUCAAGAUGCUGUGUGACAUCAUUAAUGAAACACCAAAAGAUGCACCAGAGCCGGCCGGACUCCUCCGGGAGGCUGCAGUGGAAGCAGUAAUAGAUGGAGCUGCUGUGUUCUUCCCAAAUAAGGAUGAGCGAAAGAAGAAACUGUUUACAAUGAUGAAUGCAGAAUGGAUUGAUGACAAGCCAGCAACUAGUCUUGUUUUCCAGUCACUCUGUAACUACUUCAGUUCUGUUGACCCCACAGGACUCCUUGAUCUGCCAUCCGAUCCACCAAAGGACUUUGAUUUCACAACAACCUUAAAUGUAAUGGAAACACUUCUUAUGGUGUCUCUAAAAGAGUUUAUUCGAAUGACUGAGGAGGGUAAUGAUGCGAGUGUUGCUAAGGAGUCGUACGUUAGCAGCCUGCUCAAUGCCUUGCAAGGUAGCCUAGUUUUAUGGUGUAGAAGCAGACUACAGGCUGGAGAAGGCCAUCAAGAUACCGCCAAAAAUAUCAUCUGCCAAUAUGUCAACAGCCACUGCAAAUGCAUUAAGGAAGCAUUUGAGGUUAUUUCUGAAACCAAUGAUCCUGACAUAUUCAAGAAGGUUGAGUCAUCGUUCAUUGCUACAACAUUUCGUCAGCUGAUUUUGUGUCUGAAACUUGUCGCAAGUGAUAUCACUAAUCUUAGCUUAUCCCAAGAUAUUCUUGAAAUAUCUGGCAAGCUCAAGGACCUAGAGAUUAGUGCACAACAUAUUGAGGUUGCCAGUACGUGUAAUAAAUCAAACACUCCGGUCACGUUACGCACAUGGAACGUGGAAUCCUUGCAUAAUUAUGGUGACAAUCAGCACACAAUACAGGUGUUUUUCUGCCCAGGUGCUGAAGUGUUUGAUGUAACGUUCGAUCCGCGCUGUGAGACUGAAAGAAGAUAUGACUUUCUUGAAUUUACAGAUUUUAGAGGUCAUGUGACCCGCUAUGAUCAAAAGGUUGGCACAGAGAAGUGGCCACUGAAAGUUUCAUUUAAAGGAGGCCCUCGUUUACAAUUCGUCUUUCAUUCUGAUAGCAGUCAAAAUGAAUGGGGCUACAAAUUUUCAAUUAUUGCAAAAGGAUCACCGGAUCUGACAUUAACGUGGAUAGUUGACCUCCAGCUGGGAUUAAGCAAACUUCUGGGCAUGCUCUGUGCAACGUCUCUGCGAAGUAAAGAAGAAUUACUGAAAACGGCUCCAAAGAUUGAUGACAGCUCCAACCAGCCAGAUUCGGAGAACACAACAGAAGCACUUUUGAAGGGCGACCUCUGGAGUAUUCUCUUUCGUGCUGGGCAUAAUGUCAAUAAAUUCUCGCGUUCUUUAUCUGGAGGACUGGUUUCUGAACCUCGCGGUUCCACUGUCAAUAAGUUUCUAAUGGAGUUAAUUGGGGGAGAAGAAACAGCAAUGGAAAUACUCAAAAAGUUUGCUGAAAAGAACCAAACGCAAAAUAUGGGUGGACCGGUUAUAAGUGACACAGUGAGGGCAGUGUUUGCAGCAUUGAUAUGGCACACUCAAGAGCUAAGGGAACAGUUGGAUGAAUAUUUGGAAAAAGUUGAAACUGCUGAAGGGACAGCUAUUCCAGAAGGCGUACAUGAAGCAUAUGUAACAGCAGAGACGGUCAGGCCAGUUCUGGUGGAUCUUCGUCAGAAACACAUUGUGGCAUCGGAGAACAUUAUUUCACCUGAAAAAUCAAAUGAUGCACCAGUAUUAGCAUGGAAAGAGAAGGCAGAGUUUUUAAUGGAGUUUGGUGGCCUUUCAAAGAUUGAACCAAAGCCUCAGGUGAAAGCAUUAUUAAGGAGAUUUUCAUCAGUCGGCGGCAAAGAAAAUCGGCCUAAAGUUGCUCAUCCUGGAACGUUUGAUAGCGAAGCAACGUUUGAGCAGUACCCUUCAUUCAAGUUGGUUUUAGAUUUUUUGAAAGAUACAAGGUUUUCAAGGAAAAAGGUUGAAGACUUAUUAGAGCAGAGGGUGCAGCGUGCAGAGCGUGUAGCAUCCGGUUAUAAUUUUGCUCUGAAAUUCCUGGAAAUUCAUGGCACCCCCCACCUCUUCAAUGUAGCAUGUGUGCAGUUCUUGCAGGAAAUGCUUCGAGCUCAGCACAAAGAUUUAGUUCACUAUGCGGUUGUUAUCGAUGGGUGUGGUCUAGAACUAGAGACUAAAGUUCGUAAGGCAUACUAUGCAUUGGUCCAGCUGUUAGCAAAUGCAUUACAAGCCAACUGGACAACCCCAGAUGGCCGAUUGGAUCAACUGGCAGUAGACUGUAUUCAGGCUUGUUUACUCCAUCUGCUGGACGUUGAUUGGCAGCCGUAUGACUUCGCAUUUGUAGCAGAAAAUUCUAUUCCCAGAUUGCUUCUAACCAUAGCGAAGAGAGCUGUCAGCCUCUAUAGUCACCAGUCCUAUGAACCCAAUGACCUCAAGGAAUUGGAUGACUACAAUGAACAGAAAGAGUGGUUUAAGGAGUGCCAGGAUGACAAUUUUCGUCACUGGUUCGGUCAGAUAUCAAAUAAACCAGAUUUGGAGACCAGACGACGUAUGCAUAUGUUUGUAGCACAGUUCUGUGAGUUACUGGUUGUGAAAAUAACGUGCGAUGGAUGCGGUACGCUGUUACCCGGCAGACGGUAUCAUUGCUUGGACUGUGAGGAUAUGGAUCUGUGUAAUACAUGUUAUCUUGGUGGCGCUAAACCAAAUAAGCACAAGGAUGGACAUAGACUGGUUAAUAUGAUGUACAAAUGUGACAACUGCGGGGCAUUCAUUGUCGGAACUCGAAUUCACUGCAACAACUGCGAUGACUUUGACCUCUGCUACGGCUGCCAUUGCUCUUCUAAAUUCCCAUCAAGUCACAAGGCAUCGCAUGUUGUGGAUGUCAUACCUUGUGAAAUAAUUUUAACUGGAAGUGAGGAUAGCAGUCAGAUUAACACAUACAGCCACCAUCAUGCAUGGAUCCAGUUUGCCGCCCUCUCUCUAUCCAUGGCAACCAUACAAAAUGAAAACCAAAAGAAAGGUAUUUAUAAUGAGAAUAGUAGGCAGAUAUACAGGCAAUGUGUUGAUCUAGUGGUCCAGAGUCUGGAAUACAUGACCCACCACAAAUCCACCAUGGCACAGGCAGCUGAAGAAAAGAAAAACAGAAUGAAGGCCAAGAAAGAAAAAAUUAGCAAAGACGAAGAAGAUAGUGCCAAAUUGGAAGAAGAAGAAGAAGAAGAAAAGGCAACAGAUCUUAAAGAAGUCUCGGAUAUGAAUAGCAAAAACAGUUCAGAGCCAGAGAAAGAUAAGGUGGGUGAUAAUGAUGAGCAGUUACAGAUAAAGGAAGAGGUUAACAAAGAAGAAAGUAAGGAGAAAAAUGAAGAUGAGGCAGAAGAUAUAGAUAAGAAAACAGACAAAAAGGAAAAUAAGGUUAUACCGGUGGCUCAUGUAAUCUCCCCUGAUCAUGCAUUUGCUGACUGUUCUCAAGAAAGGGUUCUGGGACUGCUAGGAGCCAUGUUGAAACUUGUUCAGUGGUCUGGGAAUGAUACUUCAAAGCGAUCAAUGCAGUUCUCCCUGGAGAGGGCGCUACCACUUCUAUUCAAAUGGGUUAAGGAAAGCUUCGGGAAUGACACUACUGCUCAACACAUGGCAGUUGGCUUACUAGGUCAGUUACUGGCCAAGACAAGUCCAGAGGCUGCGGAUUCGGCUCUUGCCCAGGCAUUAGCGAGUGACACACCCCCUAAUGACACAACCCCUGAUUCAGAUUCAAAACCAUCAGAAAUAGCAUCAUCAUCUUCAGUUGCUGUCAUAUCAAUAGAUGUGUCUGAUCACAGUUGCCAUGGAAAGCAGACGAUCAGAUUUCUCUUCACUUAUGGUGCAAGAUGCUUGGAAAAGAGUGGACUUGACUGGGCAUCACUUGUUGCAGGGAUUCUACAGCAACUGUCAGACUGCCCUCAGUGGUCUCAAGUAUUAGCCUAUCAUGUUACAGACUGCAUCCAAGAAUUACCUGGUAACACCACUCUAGCUUCUAUAUUCUCAAUGUUUAUUGUGGCAGGUUUUCCUCAGGUUCCUUGUCGGGGAAGCUGUGCUGUACUGCAGGAGGCGUCGGGCGACAAAUCAGAUGUCAUUAUCAUUAAGCAUUUUGCCGCCAAACAACGAGCCCUUGUUGUGAAUGCUGACUCCAGGAAGAAGAAAGAGACAAAGGAAUAUGUUCUAGAAUUACAGAUGUCGCCUGGAACAUCUGAGGCUACACACUUUGCCACAUUUAUUGGAGUUAUCAAGCGAUUACUUAUUCAAUUAAAACAAGGGAAUGUCUUAACUGUUGAGGAAACAUGGGUGUUAUGUCUGUCUUUGAAAUCUGUGCUAGCAACCUUAAGAAACUGCAAUGAGGCAAAUUCUGUGAUGCUAAUAAAGGAAGACCUGAUGCCUCUGCUUGUGUUCCUUGCCAGCAAGCCAACAAGGUUUAACCGCCAGUGGCUACUCUCAGAUCUUGAGAUAUUAUCGAUAAAGUUGUACACUUGUGAAAAGAAAGCAGGUAGUGGAGAUGAAGGCAAGGAGGAUGGGGAAGAAGAGGUAGAGGAGGAAGAGGACACUGCACCAAGUGAAUCAUCAAGAGUAUCAUUUAAUGAUGGCGGCUCAGAUAAUGGAAUGGAUCCGCUGGGAGGACUUGACGAUUAUAAACGCACUUGUAUUCAGGCUGCUCAUGAUGCAUUAGAGGCUCCUCUUCCAAACCUGAGGGCACUGUUCGAAGCCUGUGGCCAGAAUAUCACAGACUUCUUGUUGGCAAUUGAAAAGAGUUUCAAGAGUGAUGGAUUUCUUGUAAGUGAUGAGGUGUUGGAGCAAUCAAAGAACUGGCAGUCACCGAAGGACAGAGGCAAUCAAGAGGAUAUGUCUGAGGCGAAGGCAGUGGACUCCGGUGCAGUCUGUUAUGUUCCAUCCAAGCUGAAAACAAAAAAAAAGACAAACACUGCUGUUGCAGAGCCUAAUGAAGUGCAAUCUGUAUUGAUAUCCGUCAAUGAAAAUGAACUUCAGCAGAGUCUUAAAAAGCAACGGAGAACAAAAAGUGCGGAACUGUUGAAGAAAGAACUUGAAAAGCACAGCAAAGUUGGAUCCAGAGAUUUUCUGCAAAAUGUCAAUCAGGCUAUCUCCAUACUCUAUGCAAGGCAUGUGCUAGCUGUUGCACUUGUUGAUUGGCCAGUGGGCCAUCCAAUCAGCUUGAGCCUAUUUGGUUGUGUUGAUCAUGCUCAUUUUGUAGGGGUUUUAGAUCUGUUACAGAGGGCAGAAGAAAAAGAGCUUUUUGCAAAGGCAAUCCGCAACAUAGUGGAGCACUGUGAGGAUGAACUUCUGUCGUCUCUAGCGACUGCAGCAUGUACGUUCAUGGAGGAGAACAAGAUGAUGAGUGAAACACGAGAAUCGGCUCACAAUUAUAAAAACGACAGCUCAGAAAAGGGUAGCGUUAACAUUCCUGGAGCGAUGUAUCUAUCGGUGAAAUUUGACGAACAGUGUGCGACAGAAGAUGGAUGUGAUGUUCUGACAAUGUCAUCAGAUGCUAAGGGCAAGAAUGAUGUUCGUAGCUUUAGCGGACCGUCUUCUAAUUUUACCAAUUUUGAAAUGCCAGGUGACACACUUCACUACAACUUUAGUUCUGACUGCAGUAACAAUGACUGGGGUUACAAGUUCACGGUCACCGGAGGUCAACUAGGAAGAUUUGUCACCGGACACAUUCUGCUCAAUGAAAUCCUUAGCAACACGUCGAAAGCCAGUCAUAUUCCUGUGAACGAGGUAUGGUCUUGGUUGGUUCAUGUUGCAAGUUGUCAGACUGGACAGCAGAGGCUAAAGGCAAUUCAGCUCAUGUUACGAUUAUUGCAAGCUGCUACAUCUAGCUCCGAUGAGAAUCCAUCAGAAAACGUGAUGCAGCUUCCAGACCUCACACUGCUGAAGCCUCUCUGGGUUCUGCUAAACUCUAUGGAUUCUAAGCAGUCCGACUCCUUGAAGUGUCUUCUGCCAGCUCACUGUGCUCUCACAGAGCUCUUCCUGGUGGUUGAGGACCUUGCUAAGGCAUCGUCUGAAGAGGAUUAUGUGUUAGCUAUGAUUCAAACAGAAGACUUGAGAAAGAGUUUCCUUCAGGGUUUGUGUAAUGUGGCGUCGUUGGGUCUGGCGUUAGGCAUACCCAACAAAGCAUCCGAGGCAUUUCGACAGAUGGGACUCGUAGCUGGUCAGCCUCCUCCUUUUCAAACGCCGCUUGUACCGUUUCCUGUCAACAGCUUUAUUUGAAUUUAAAGCAUUGUCUACACUAUACAAUUGGAUGUGAAAUGUUUGUGUGAUGUCUCCAUAUAUGUGUAUGAGGAUGUCAUAAUACUCUCAAAUAUGUGCAUAUCACUUUUAUUUGUCGCAUACAUUUUGAUGGCAUAAACAAAGCUUAGGAAUAAGAAGUUUUCAAUGAACGAUUUUAGAAAUAAUUAAUUAUGUGAGUAAAUAGUUGAAAAAAAUAUAUAUUAAAAUUUUUUUAAAUCAUGUUAAUAGUGUUGUUUUUAAUUAAGUAAGGUUGCAUUAGUGAGACAACACUAAUAAAUUUAAAAAAUGAUCUAACAUUUUUUUAUUAGUUCUACAAUUAUUUUUUUAAAAAUAAGCUUAUUUGGAUCUUGAAGUGAAAUUUUUAGCUUCAUCGUUAAAUGCUUACCUUCCAAUCCACUGUGACACCAGGAUUUUUUCCAUAACUAAAAACAAUUCCAUUCCUCUACAUAGAGUAGUUAAACAUAGUUCCAUUAUGAGUGUGCUUGUUGUUAGAUGGGGAUUGUUCCAUUACGAGUUUAGGUACGUUCCACUAAUAAAGGGGAACUUACAUAUAUACUGUAAGUUCAUUCAUGUAUUUCAAUCCUUGAUUACUAAUAUUACUCCUGAUUGGUGUAUUUUUUAGAUAUACUGUAUCAGAUAUGUCGCCAACUAAAACAUGAAGAUUGUUUAAGUUACUAUCUGCAAUAAUUACAAAAUAUUGUAGAAAGAUAACUAAAAAAUGUAUUGUACAUUAAUAAUUGUGUACAUUGAAGUUGAAAAGUAUUUUUAAAUAAUUUUGUAUAGUUACCUGUUUUGUUAAUGGAACAUUCCACAUAUUUUUCCUUGCACCUCUGGAUGGUUAUUAUUAGAUAUACUGUUUUUACGAUUAUUAUUACAAAUCUUUAUUAUUAUUAUUAUUAUUAUUAUUAUUAUUAUUAUUAUUAUUAUUGUUAUUAUUUAUUAUUAUUAAAACUUCUGGCUGUUAACAUUGGGAUGUUAAAAUAAUAUUGGUUUAAAGUGGGAUACAUUUUAGCUUUCAUUUAUGUGAAAAUAAUAUGCAAUUGUUUUUUUUGUAAUGAGCAAGUUAACUGUACAUUGGGUACAGCCUAUCAGUAGGUUGAUGCUGUCGAAAAGAAAUAUUUAAAGAAAUCUGGUUAAGAUUAUUUAUAAAAACCUUUUAUUUUGAGACAGAAAUCAUGAUGCAUUAAUAUGAACUUUUAUUUCGUAUUUUUCUCACUACCAUAACAAGUGUAUAAUGAAUUUCUUUUUAUUUUAGAUAGGAUGAAAACAUCACCUUUUCCAUGAUAAAAACUGCUGGAUGUUAUUAUAAAGUACUACAUGUGAAAUAAGAAAUGCUAAAGAUAUUUUAGUUAAAAGUUUUACUACUGUUUUUAUUUACUUUUUUUUUUUUAUUCAUCAGUUUAGGCUGAAGGCCAACGAUAUGCCAAGGAGCAAACUGAAUCACUAUUCUAAGUGGCAAUCCCUUCACAAGACAAAACAUAACAUAAGCACAAAAUGCUUUACAUAAACUAAGUCUCACAUAUUUCUUUAACAGCUUGUUAUUCUAAGUUGGAAAAUUUUCUCCUAGUUAAUCUUAUUUCCACUGCUUGUUACCUUUGUGUAGGAAUGUUGAUAUUUUGUGUGCAAUUGUUUCUCCUGGUUAUUUGUCUAUUUCCUUCACACUACUUAUCGGUUGUAUAGGAAUAUUUAGAUUUUAUGGAAUUCAUUUUGCCUUUUCAGGAUUAUAGCUUUUUUUCAGGCUUUUCAACAGGCCUCUGCAAGAUUAUUUUAUUAAACUCUUUUUCAUAUUUUUAUGUUGCCAAAGUAUCUAAUCAUAAAAUAAAAAAUAAAUUGCAAUAUUUUGACAUUAUGCAGAAUUAUUUGGGGAAUUAGACUAUAUUACUAGGUUCACCAUAUCUUAGUAAGUUAAUGUAAUUUAUAUGGAAGGUAAUUUUACUAAACAUUUUUUUAAACUUUCUUACUAUGUAGCGAAAUAAAAAUAUGCAAAUUAUAUGGAUAUGAUGUAUGACCUUGUAAAAUUUGCAUAUUUAUGAGUUGUAAAGCUAAAUACAGAUAAUUUUUUCCUUGGUAAAAUUAUUAUUACCUGAAGUUCAUAAUGAUACAGUAAUAUGAAUAUGCAAAUGAUAUGAAUAUUAUGUAUGGCCUUGUAAAAUUUGCAUAUUUUAUUUGUGAGUUGCAAGAUUAAAUAAAUAUGAAUCAUUUUUGCUUGGUAAAACUAUUAAUACCUGAAAUAUAUUGAAACUUAUAAUGAUGCUGUUUUGCUUAUCUUCACAUUAA